CCUUAGAAAUUAAGAUUACACGUAGAUUUAAGUAUUCCCCCUUAGGAUUAGUGACCCCAGUCUGGCAGUAUAGCGGGAGAACAUUGAUUAAUACGAUAGGUAAUGUUAGGAUAAGAAGAUAAUAUAAAAUUUAAAAUUAAAUUACAACAGGAUUAAAAUUGGAAAGUUAAGAUUAUUAGUACAGUACUUACAUUUUCAGAUCAGUGGGUUCGGACGGGGUCCCAAAUGACAAAUGCGCAGAUGAUGCUCUCUGUUCAACUUCUUGAUGGUAACUGCGGGUGACCCGUUGGGGCGGGUCUAAUAUGCGAAGGAGUGAGGUGAGCCUAAGCCUAAGGUGUUUUGCACAUGACAUUGACCUGUCUGGUAUGCAAGUAGAUGUUGCUCUUAGGAAGUCCCAAACACAUUUCUGCAUGCCUGGGGAAGCGCAAAAGGUUGAGCGUCUUAUGCAAGUAUUUGCUCAACGUUACUGUCAGUGUAAUAGGGACAUCGUGGCUAAAUUAAGAGAUCCUGAAACUAUAUUUGUGUUGGGGUUUGCCAUCAUCAUGCUAAAUAUAGAUCUUCACACUGCAUCUAUGAAACAAGAAGAAAGAAUGAAACUAGAUUUUAUUAAGAACUUAAGAGGCAAGUCAAAUGAAAGCUAUUUAGCAUUAAUAUUUUUUUCUGUACAUAUACACUAGUACUAACAGUGCUUUUUUCAGAUAUGUAGAUAGGUACAGUAAAUACAGUAUAUAAGUCUGUUUAGAUAAGUACAGUAAUAUCCCCAUUAACCGGAUUAAUUGGGGCAGAGCAGUUCCGGGAUUGAGAGAUUUCCAGGUAUGGCGAUGAAUUUUAUCAUUCCCUUUGUCCUGUAAAUAACCAUAGGCUUUAUCAUAUGGCCAGCUGUGUUACCACACAACAACAGUGAGACACUGUCCUUUUCUACCUAAAAUACUGACACCUGUCUCUCCUCCUUGGAUAUGUUUGUCCUACUCGGCAUUUUAUUGUACCACAAUCGUUUCGUCUGCAUUGAGGACUUGCUCUGGCAAAUAUCCAUUGUCAUUAAUUAAUUUUACAAAUUCCUUGGGACACAUCUGUGCAGUCACAUGAUCAGCUGACGCUGAUUCGUCCAUUACCCUUAAGUUAUAAAGGGCGAAUCUCCUCUUAAAAUUACCAAAUCACUCCUUGCUAGCCAGAAAAGAGUGCUUCCCUUCCUUGUCUCCUUCAGCUCUCACAUGGAUAAUUAUAUUAUCUACAGGAAUAUGAAGCAAUUCAAGUCUUCUAUCCAUAUGUUUAGCUUUCUCCAUCUUUAUUAAUACACUUUCCAUGCUGGGAGAUUUAACAGUAACUGGUGCACAAUUAACCAUUGCCUGUCUAAUUUCCUUUUCACUUUUCUUGAUGUAGUGCACUGUAGAUUCAUUUACUCUGUAUGCAUGACUACAUGCGACAUAACUCCUACCAUUUCUGAGUUUGUCCAAAAAAUUAACUUUUCUCCCCCUUUUGAAGUCACUAGUGGCAGGUGAAGACUGUGGAGAAGAGAGGGUCCGGAAAAUUGAUCAGAAACUAAUUCGAAUGCCCAGAAUAGACAUUUUUCUUGGAGUUUCUUGUAAUGCUGGGUAAUGGAGAGUUUCGGGGAUCAAAGAAUCCGGCUAAUGGGGAUAUUACUACAGCUCCUCCCCGACUUACGACGGGGUUAGGGACCCAAA